AUGACUCAAGAUCCUAGAGUUCUUCUCCAGAAAGCCGACAAGGCGCUCUCUGGCGCCUCAGGAGGCUUCAGCUGGUUUGGAGGACGUACUGAGAAAUACGAAAAUGCUGCCGAUCUGUAUAGCCAGGCUGCGAAUGCUUUUCGGGUACAGAAGUUGAGUGAGUCGCCCCCCCGCACACCGUCACCGUCACCGUCACUGUCACUGUCAUCUCGUGCUUUGAUCUUGCUUGCGCUGGAAGCUAACAGCUCUGCUUCAAUAGAUAAGGAAGCUGGUCAGGCUUUUGAGCGUGCCGCUACUAUUCAGACUCAGAACCUUAACGAACCCGAUGAUGCGGCCAACACUCUCCAGGAAGCUUUCAAGGUCUACCGCAAAUCUGACCCCGAGGAUGCGGUCCGUGUGCUGUCUACCGCUAUUCAACAUUACGUACUAAAGGGAAACUUGCGCCGUGCUGCUACCCAGCAACAGUACCUGGCUGAGGUUUACGAGAUGGAGCUUGGAGAUAUGAAGAAGGCGCUGGAGGCGUAUGAGAAGGCGGCGGAAUGGUUUGAGAGCGAUAAUGCUGAGGCUCUCGCAAACAAGCACUUCCUCAAAGUCGCAGACCUCGCUGCCCUAGAAGGCGAUUACUACACAUCCAUCAAGCACUAUGAGCGCAUUGCCCGGCAAUCCAUGAACAACCACCUCAUGAAGUGGUCGGUGAAGGAUUACUUCUUGAAAGCAGGAAUCUGUCACCUCUGUACCAAUGACCUUGUCGAAACCAAUCGAGCUUUCGAAUCCUACCGUGAAAUUAACCCCGCUUUCGUUUCUGAGCGCGAGCACCAGCUUCUCGUCGAUCUGCUUCAGGCUAUCGAGGCGAAAGACCAGGAUAUGUUCGCGGAUAAACUAUUUUCGUAUGACCAGCUCAGCAAGCUGGAUAAGUGGAAGACAACCUUGCUUUUGCGCGUCAAGGGUAAUAUCGAGGAAGAUGAGGAGGACUUCUCCUAG